AGAAACAAACAAACGUCAGCUGACAAUUUGUUGCAUUUGGAGGAAAAUUUGCUGCGACUCGCGGAACGCACACCCGAAGCGUCUCUAAACAAAGGAAAACACGCACAUACAAAAACCAACGCAAAAUGAUUGCCGGUGGUAAUGGGGAUCCAAAUCCCAACUCGUCCUGGCUCGAUUCGCGUGGUUUGUGGCUUGCGUACGUGCUGGGCUUAACUAUCUUUCACCUGUGCGUCCUUUCGAUACCGUUCGUGCAGAUUCCGUGCGCCUGGACUAUUACAAACCUUCUUCACAAUCUGGCCCACCUGUACUUCCUGCACUUGAUCAAGGGCGCACCGUGGAUGAGCACCGAUGCGGGCGAAAAUCGUAAAUACACGCACUGGGAACAGAUCGACUGUGGUGAGCAGUUUACGUCGACGAGAAAAUUUCUUACCGCCGCUCCAAUUAUCUUGUUCCUUUUGACGAGUCUCUACACUCGCAACGAUGCUGAACAUUUUACCGUCAACUUGAUCUCACUGGUAACGGUCCUGGUGCCGAAGCUUCCGCAACUGCAUGGCGUACGCUUGUUUGGUAUUAACCGAUACUAAAUCGGUUGCGCUCGGAACCAUCCCAUACCCCAUCUCCAACCCCCAGCCCUGUCCUGGAUUGAUCUGUCGGGGGGAAAUGUUUCAUUUAAAAUUGUAACCAGUUGGACUUUUGAAGUACUGCAUUUAUUCUCGUCAUGGACGAAAGACUGUAGACAGUAGGUAUGUAGGCAAGAAGAGAUUUACUCGUAUAGAUGUUUAGAAACGUAUGAAUGUUAAAUGUGUGUUUUUUCACGCGAUCUGCAAGAUCUGAGAUGAUCCAUAUAUCAUCUAAUUCGAUGUGAUGUGUUUUGUGUAUAUUAUACAGAAAUAAAAUUAGGUCAGUUUAUGACGAAGCAAG